GCUCGCGCCAUAUUGUGUUGGGGGGGGGAAGGAGGGCUGGGGCAGCCGCUGUCGCCUCAGCCCUGGCUGCAGGAAGAGGCGGCGGUGCUGGCGGCGGGGGUGGUGACAACGACGGGCAGGAGAGCCGAGCUUGGGGGAGGGAGCGGCCGAGCCCCCGAGAGACAGCGAGCAACGGGGCCGCCAUGUCUCAGGCUGUGCAGACGAAUGGAACACAGCCUUUAAGCAAAACAUGGGAGCUCAGCUUAUAUGAACUUCAGAGAACACCUCAGGAAGCAAUAACAGAUGGCCUGGAAAUAGUGGUGUCACCCCGAAGCCUCCACAGUGAGCUGAUGUGUCCCAUUUGUCUUGAUAUGUUGAAAAACACCAUGACUACCAAGGAAUGUCUACAUCGUUUUUGUGCUGACUGUAUCAUCACAGCCCUCAGAAGUGGAAACAAAGAAUGUCCAACUUGUCGUAAAAAGCUUGUUUCUAAAAGGUCGCUGAGACCAGACCCAAACUUUGAUGCCCUCAUCAGUAAAAUUUAUCCAAGUCGGGAUGAAUAUGAGGCUCAUCAGGAGAGAGUCUUGGCAAGGAUCAGCAAGCAUAAUAACCAGCAAGCUCUGAGCCACAGCAUUGAGGAGGGUCUGAAGAUUCAGGCCUUGAACAGGUUACAAAGAGGCAAGAAGCAACAGAUAGAGAAUGGUAGUGGAGCAGAGGACAAUGGGGACAGCUCGCACUGUAGCAAUGCUUCGACUCAUAGCAAUCAGGAAGCAGGGCCAAGUAACAAAAGGACCAAAACAUCGGAUGAUUCCGGGCUAGAACUGGACAAUAACAAUACAACCGUUGCUAUAGAUCCAGUUUUGGAUGGUGCAAGUGAAAUAGAACUAGUUUUCAGACCCCAUCCUACACUCAUGGAAAAUGAUGAUAGUGCACAGACAAGGUAUAUAAAGACCUCUGGCAAUGCCACCGUUGAUCACUUGUCCAAGUAUCUAGCUGUGCGAUUGGCCUUGGAAGAACUCCGGAGCAAAGGAGAGUCAAAUCAAAUGAAUCUUGAAACAGCCAGUGAGAAGCAGUACACGAUUUAUAUUGCUACAGCUAAUGGCCAGUUCACUGUGUUAAAUGGCUCAUUCUCCUUGGAGCUGGUCAGUGAAAAGUACUGGAAAGUGAAUAAGCCCAUGGAACUCUACUACGCACCCACAAAGGAACACAAAUAAGCCUGACAAAAGCUUUGAAUUGGAACUGUAACUGUUUUUAUAGCUCUGAUUUACUUUCAAUACAUGAAGCGUCAUUCUCUACAUCAUGGACAACUGCUAAGAGACUCAGAUUCCUUGAUGAAUAUCCUUCUUAAUGAUUAGACAGUAUUUUGUGUUCUAUUUAACUUAUAUUUUCCCCCACUGGAGGACUGAAUGAUCGGUACAUUCCAUUGUUGCUGUCAAAUGUGCUUUUUAAAAACUUGGUGGCUUUUGUUUCAUGUGCAUGAUGUUAGAACAGCAAAGUAUUCUUUGGGGCAUGUCUUCAUGCUGGUGGGCCUCACAUUGGCAGUUAUUCUAGCACCUUGAUGAGUGUUGGCAAGAGGCAGCAGGGAUGGUUGGGACCUAAAUAACUUUCUAUUUACAGCAGUGUUGGAGCAUAUGGCCAUAGAGUAGGUUUGGUGUCAACAGACUACUUGUGAUACUAAAGAAACUGCUGAUGUUGGAAGCUGUUCAUAGCAGUAAUUGAAUGCUUUUGUGUUGCCCAGGUAAUGACCCCUUCUACUGGUAAAUAAAGAGGCUGGUGCUGGCUCUGUUCCCAGACUGGGAACCAGCCUCUGGAAGUUCAAGCUCCCAGUGCUCUUUCUGCCUUCACCAUGCCUAUAAGGGUAAUCAGAGUUCUCCCAGCUAAGAAACUGAAACCUACUUCAAAUUAUGGUUAAGAGACUCCUAGUUAACUUUGGCCAUGGCUAACAUUGGCAUCAAUGUACUGCUUAGCAGUAGUAAAAAAAAAAAAUGAGUGGGGAAUUUGCUUUGAGGAGAGACUGUAAGAAGGGAGUGCACAUUUCCAGGGUUGUUGCACACAUUCAACUGUGGUUAGUGGGGAGUCAGUGUUGUAUCUGCAUUUGGCCAGUUCAGGGUUUAGAAAAACACUAGUAGACAUGGAAAAAGGGUAAUCCCUGCUGUUAGCUUUGGUGGCGUCAGUAUCCAGCAGCUAAUUAAAGUGGGUAACCUAGUGUUGCUGGACACAAUGCCCCUACACACUUGCAAGGUUUGGAUCUGUGGAAUUCUUUGUGUAAUGUAUGUUAGAAGUAUAAAGCAUAAGAAGUGUUUGUCUUUAUAAAGCUCUCCCAUCAUACCUUUUGCACAAUAAAUAGUCAUUGAUAGGGAAACAUCUUCAAAAAUAUCCUUAAUAUUUCUUAGCCACACUUGGCACUUAUGGGAAAGUAUUGAUUUAAAUAAAUUAUAUUUAAGUGGUUCUUCGUUUGCAACUGAUUCAAAAUCCCAAACUCAGCCAUCAGUUGCUAUGUUGUCUUAAACACUGCAGUGACUGGUUUUGUUGAACUGUUGUAUCAUGCUAGGCAAUACUGUUGUCUAUACUUAGUGAGACUACCACCAUUCUGUAAGGAUGAAGGUAUAACAGGGACUUGCCUCAAUGCUGAUGAUAAUAAAAUAAAACCAGUGCAGUAUAUGGGUCUUUGCCAUCUGCUCUUGGGAAGAGAGGCGUGUUUGACUUUUUUCUUCCUUAUUAUGGUUAAGUAUCUAAAAACUAUACACUGAACUGUCAUACGUUCCCUUAAGCUAGCCUUUCAGAGCUUGGGAUGAAGUAGGACCUCCCAUUUUGAUGAUGUGUUUAAUCCCACAGGAAGAAGGAAUUUGCAUACUACUCCUUUUUGAAAAUCUCCAGUAUCAGACAUUUCUGAAUUAUGUUAGCAGUUUGUGCCAUGAAAUUUCAUUACUAAAAAGCUGGGGUCGGGAGGGAAGUUCGGGUUUAUUCAGUUCUUUGGGUGUGAUGCAUAAUUUAUAUAGCUUAUUAGUGCAUGUCCACUGAAUAUAAUCAGGUUACUUUUUAUGUGAAAAACGCUUUUGUAUGGGCAAGCAGCUGCAUCAACACAUUUGCAUUUUGAUUUACCCGAGAUGAUGUUUAGCUCUGAAAGCAGAGGUGGUGUCUGUAAAACUUUUGAAAGGUUAUCUACCUAGGGUAUGUGUGGUGUUCCCAGUUUAGUGUGGGAGAAUGUGAAUUUUUACUUCUAUGUUACAGUGAAUUUACUGAGUAUUUAUAUUUACAAAUACAUAAAGUAGCUGUUUUAAUCAAAACACAAA